AUGGUGUCCAUCGGCGAUACCCCCUCUAACACUCGGAAUUCACCGAAUAAUGCCUUACACGUUGAACAGAUUCGUUUGCUAUUCUCAUUACUUCGAAUACCGUAUAAUCGUGUGGAGGUGGACAUAAAGAAAGGAGAAACUCGGACCGAAGAGUUUCUUAGCAACAUAUCUUCAAACGGAAAGCUACCGGUCUUAAUUCUACCAAAGGAUUUCCCUCAGAAAUUGACAUCCCACGCACCUAAAAGCAACGGUGCGAUCAAGACCGAUACCAUCGCCGAAUCGACCGCGCCCAAUAAAUUCAUUAAUGAUAAUGAAAUAGUUUCUCUGUCUCCAUUCAAACCUUCCAACGACGUAGAUCUUAAUCCGAAGAUUCCGGACGACGGCAUUACACUCAUCGAAUCCAAUGCAAUCCUGACUCUUCUUUCGGAGGGCACGUCGUUAUUUCCGACGGAACCCAUCAGUCGCGCUCGUGUGAUGCAAUGGUUAUUCUGGGAACAAUUCUCACUCACGCCAAACAUUUCACCUGUCCGUUGGUGGAUCACUUACAUGGGAGUUGGAGAAGAUUCGAAAUACUUGGAUCGAAUUGUUGAAAAACAAAAACAAGGUUACGAAGCUUUGCACCUAAUGGAAGAACAUUUGAAGGAGAGAAAAUUUUUUGUCGAUGAGAUGUUCACCAUUGCUGACAUUGCUUUAUACGCAUACACUCACGUCGGUGAGGAAG